UUAUUGGCAAAGGUUGGUGAUUUUUUUUUUGCCAUAUUCCAUGUUCUUUAUUAUCCCUUUCUUUGGAUUUUUUAGAAAAUGUCCCCAAUUAAUCAAUUGUCUUAAAUCCAUUUUUAUAUACUUUUUCCAGGCUUAUGUGGAUUUUUUUGGUUGUUUUUGGUUUUAUUAACCUUUACUAAUUUUAUUUUAUUUUUAAUAUUUGAUCUAUUUUUUAAGAAAACUCAAGGACCUUUGUCCCUGUACAGUACUCGGGUAAGUCCACUCGAACCCACCUCCAGCCAGGGCUGUAUGCCUGGCCUGAGGAGAGCUUCGAAAUAGUUGUACACGAUAUGAUCAUUUACCUUUGGAACAUAAAUGUUACAAUCACCCCUAACCAUCAGAUAUAAAACCUAUAAAAUUGGGUGACUGGAUUCUUUCUUUAAAAAAAUUGGAUGACUGGAUUAGUACCACUGACGGUACUUAAUGGUCUGAGAAAAAUUUCCACUUAUUUUGUAUGUAUCACGUAUAAAUGACAUGCCCCAGCUGUUGGAUUUUAAAUCUAACAUCUUGAGGUGUUUGUGACCUUUGUGUAUGAAAGGUCACAAUCUCAUUAUAUACAAUUCUUUUAGGGUAUAAUGUUGCCAUUUGUCUGAUGAUAUUGAAUUUCAUUAUAUAGUUUCUGUUAUAAAAAAAAAAAGAGAUUUUAUCAAUUUUUGCGAUGUAGUUUGGAGCAAAAUUUGAGCUUUUUAGGCUUUUCAACUAUCAUUGGAAAAUUUAGGUAUUCCGGUUAGAAUUGUUGUCAUAAAUGCCUUCUUGAUAAUAUCUUAUGGUUUUCCUGAUAAUGUCUCAUGGUUUUCCUGAACAAUCAGAUAAUGUUUCUGCUAUUUAAAUCUAUCACUUUUUUGUGUUCAUGCUAAAGUUUCAGACUUUCAGCAUCUUAAGAAAAUUCAAACAGUUUUGUGUCAGUACUGGUAUUAUGUGAAUGAUUCUCCCUUUGGUACUAGGAUUUGCUAGAAAGCGUCAUAUUUAACAAUACAUUUAAAGGCGAUUCAAUUGAUGUCCAAUCAUCAAUACUGUAUUUUUUUAAGAGUAAGUUAUUCUCACCAAGGGAUAGGGGCCCAAAUCCCCACUAAAAAAACAAAGUUUGGUCUAUUAUUGGCACCAAUAUUUUUUCUCUAUAAAUUUUAAAGAUUUUCUGAAUGUUUUUGGCAUUUGACUGUCUUUACUAUCAUUCUCCAUAAAAGAUUAAGGUAUUUUAUAAGUUUUCCUCCAAGUUAUGCAAAAAUGUGUGCCAUAUUUUGCUCAAAUUUGAUGAUAUAGGUCUAGCCAUCAUUUAUUUUAAAAGUUUCAAUUCAAAUUGGAAAAACUUUUAAGGUAAAAUCAGUUAUUCCAUUCUCCUUUGAUGCUUUAUUCACAUUCCUGUGUGUUCUAUUAAACAGUUUUUUCCCUUUGCUUUUGCCUUCUUUUCAUUAUUCCAGGACAUUAGGCUUAAGAUUAUCGAUUUUGGUUGUAAUUCAAAAGUUCAUGCAUUUUUUACCUUUUUAGAGGCACAUCCAGAUUUUUAUAUGUUUAUAAAUAAGGCUAAAUGUGGGUAUAAUUGACAUUAACUUAUUUAGUGUUGAUUGUUUCUUUCAGUGUGCCAGGAACGGCAAUUUGUAUUGUAGUAUAUAGGUUCCUGUGUGCAAUAGGACGAGAUGUUCAAUGGUUUCAUCGAGUUUAUGUCACAGUAACCAACUUCUCCCCCUCCACCGAGUUUUUCGAAUUCACUUUGUGAACCAAUUCAUAAAAGGAAAGUUCCCUUUUCCUUCCAUUUUUACUCAAUGCAGUGGAUCGCAUAGUUGAAGAACAAUUGAGGCCUCUUGAACUGGGUUAUUGCGGUGCCAAAAGUUCAACCAAAGGGAUACUGUUCCAGUUCCCUUUUAAAAUACCUAUUUUCGAUCUCUAGUUCGAGACUUAAAUUAGUGAGGGAAAAAGGCUUUGUUUAAGACCCACUUCCUAUUUCCAUUGAGUCAGAGAAGAUGAAUAUGCUCUCCGAAAUGGAAAUGGAAUUAAGUUAACGGUCGACAGGUAUCAUUUGGUUUGACAGUUGCAUCUAGAUGGGUCUUGCUCGUAAACCAAGGAAAAGAGCUUCUGUGGUUCCUUAUGACUCAGAGAUUGAAACCACAUCUGUAAAAUCUGUUAGAAAGGAUGAUUUUGAGACCAGAGCUCCUUUUUCUGGAGAAAAAUUAGUUGAGACUGAAGAUUCAACUUUUCUUCUCAUAGUUGAUAGGAACACGAAGAAUAGCUAUAAUUUCGAGGAUUUUUGUUCAGACUAUCCUCUUUUAUGCGAUGCCUGGGAUUCAAUAUUAGGAUCAAACAAUCUGGAGGUCUUCUUUGAUGGGUCUAGGUUCAACCCUAUUGAGGAGGCUUCUCUCUUACUAGAAAACCAAUGGAAUGAGUCUUUGAACUUGGUUCUUGAAGAAGAUGAAGAAGAAAUAUCUCAUCCUGAUGAUUGUACACCAAUUCAAUUAAGCAAUCAUUUCUUAAUAUGUAGCAAGAGCUCUGAAUCUCCUCUUGAGCAAUCAUUUCAUGAUGAUGAUGACUCAGCAUUCGACAGUUCAUGGUCUUCUCUCUCUGGAUGCGAUUCUCUCUCUACAUUUGAUGAUUCAUCUUUGGGGGUGCAGGAAUUUGACCGUGUUUCGUUUCUAGACCUCAACGCUAACGAUCUCGAAUGGGUUUCCAACAAAGAAAAUGGUUUCUCUCUCUUCCAGUAUAGUCUCCCGAACGCCGCUUGCUCCUUCGAUUACAAUUCACAAUGUGGGUGUUCUGAUUCUAGUGCUUUAUCUCUCUCCAAUGUGAAGUCUUCUUCAGAUGACCUCUCUCUAGGGCAAACCGAUUUUGGACUUGAAUGCUUAGAUAUUGAAGAGCCACUUUUUUGGCCAUUUGAUCCCGAUUCUUACUGGUGCCAUAAUAUAGUGUGGGUUUAUACAUGCUUAUCACCAGCUACCAGCAACAAACAAAACAACUCAAUGGCCAAAUGGUGGCCUGAAUCAAAACCUGUAAAACUAGAGUUUCAGCCAAAGAAGAAGUUGAUCUCAGAGAGAGAAAGUGAGAGAAAAUCCAGCGAGAGAAGGAAGGAGAAGAUAGCCUCCACCUCCUCUUCUGGUUCGACAGUUUCUCGUUUUUUGCCUAGAGGAAAGACUUCCGAGAAGACGCGGAUCCUUGGUAAUGAAACUGAGAAUUCGAAGGAGAGGAGGAGAGAGAGUUUGGACCCCAAUUGUUUCUUCAUAGAAACACUCACGAGGUUGUCUUUGGAGGAUUGUGAAUUCUUAGAGGAUGGCUUCAUGUCUGGUGAAGAGUCAGUGGAGGCAUUAGUGGGUAUGAAGGAGUUUGAUGGCUGUGAAGGGAUCCAAGGAGAAUUUGAUGGAGAUAAAUUUUCUCUAGAUUAGAGAUAAAGAGAGGUUGAAAUUAUAAGGGAGUUUGGAUUUUUUGUUUAUUUCUUCGUAUCUUUGAGAGAGAGUUUGGAUCUUUGGGUUUCUUCUUUUGAUGAGUACAGAAUUUUUGCCAAAAAUAUACAACACACAGGAUUUAAAUAUCCGUUGUUGCUUCCUUUUUGCUGUCAUUUUACCUUCAAAUAGAAAUUGAAAAUAAUUACUUCUUUUUGUUUUAUUAAUAUGUAAAUGCUUUUUCCUUUUUUGAGUAGAUCAGCCUCGUUUGCAAGA